AAUGGAGCGAGCAGAUUGAGGCCGCCGCUGCAGCGCCGCCGGCAUGAACUUGGCUGCGAGCUGAAGCGGCCGGAGGCGGGCGGGCGCGGGGGCACCGGCCGCUAGCCAGAGGUGAUCUGCAAUCGGGCCGGGCCGCUCGGCGGGCGCCGGAGGCCAGACUGCCCGCGCCGGUGGCCGCCCGCCCCUCGGGCACUGCCCCCGCCGCCGCCGCGGGAGCUCCGCAGCACGCCCUGUGUCUAGGUCGUUUGGGAAGCGCCUUGGAGAGUCAAGAAUAAAAUUGCAGGUCAAACAAUGGAUGACUGGAAAAGUCGGCUUGUAAUCAAGAGCAUGCUUCCCCAUUUCGCCAUGGUGGGAAAUCGUCAGGAGCCCAGAAAGCUCCAGGAAUCGCCACAGGGAACCAUUAAGAGGAGGCAGGAAGGAGAAACUUUCCAGCUUUCAGGCAUGGCCGAAGGAGGUUACCCUAAUAAAAUUAAGAGACCAUGCCUUGAAGACGUCACGCUUUCGAUGGGCCCCGGCGCCCAUCAUCCCAGCACAGCCUGUGCAGAGCUGCAGGUUCCUGCGUUACCCAUGAACCCUGGCUCUGCAGCGAUGGGAGCGGCUGGUCAUUCAUUACUUCUCGAAAAUAACCCCAUGAACGGCAGCGUAAUGGGCUCACCGUUUGUGGUACCACCAACUGCGGAAAUGGGACUGAAAGGCCCCCCUCUUUCUUACUAUGACAAGACCAACACUGUGCCUGCUGUGGACCAGGAGCUUCAAGAUCUGCUGGAGGAGCUAACAAAAAUUCAAGAACCUUCUCCGAGUGAGCUCGACCUUGAAAAAAUCCUGGGGAGCAAGCCGGAAGAACCGCUGGUCUUAGAUCACCCCCCGGCAACCCUAGGCGUGACUCCCAAGCCUGCGGUUCAGAUGCCACACUUGGAGAGCCUUGGUUCCAGCAAGGACUUCGCUUCAAGUUGCAGCCAGGUCCCGGGGGUGUCGCUUCAAAUCCCGCCCUCCUCUGCGGGGAUCAGCUACGUCAUUCCCUCCACCAGUAAGCAGAUGGUCUCCCCCAGUUCUUCAACAGCACAGGCCAAGAGCCAGGUCCAGGCGCCGCUCCCUGCGGCUGCCUUGCCACCGCUCCCGGUGCCUCAGUGGCAUCACGCCCACCAGCUGAAGGUGCUGGCAGCCAGCAAGCAGGGCUGUAGUACGAAGCAGCAGGGCCCCGCUCCCAGUUGGUCCGGCCUGCCUCUUCCCGGCCUCUCCCCGCCUUACCGCCCGCUGCCCUCACCACAGCCGCUGCAGCCGUUCAGCCCUCAGGGCCUCAUGGUGUCCUGCAUGUCAUCGAGCAGCCUGCCGGCGAGCGCUCUACAGGGCUCUCCCAAUGCCUUAUUGUCCAGCGUGGCGCCCAGCAGCGGCGCUGCCCUGGGGCCGGCCAUGACCUAUGCCCCCGAGAAGCUCCCCAGCCCCGCGCUCCAGCAGCAGCCGCAGUUCAGCCCGCAGCCCUCCAUCCUUGCCAACCUGGUGUCCUCCACCAUCAAACAGCCUCAAGGGCACCUGAUAUCCACUCUGCCCACCAGCAACCCGGGGCCCUCCACUCCCUACCGCCCAGAGAAGCUGUCCAGCCCCGGGCUGCCGCAGCAGUCCUUCACCCCACAGUGCCCCCUGAUCCGGAGUCUCACUCCCACCAGCAAUCCGCUCGGCCCGCAGCAGCCGCAGCUGCAGCUGCCGCCACCUCCGCCUCCGCCAGCCAGUACCCUCCUCAAGCCUAUGGCCACCAGCUCGCCCAGAACCCUGAGCCUGAUCAUGCAGCAGGGGCUGGCCGCCCCCAGCCCGGGAGCCCCGGAGCCUUUUCCUUUCGGCCACACCAAGCCCUUGUCACAUUUCGUCUCUGAGCCGGGCCCCCCGAAGAUGCCCUCGGUGCCCGCCGCGUCUCGGCAGCCUGCCCUGCUCCACUACCUGCAGCAGCCGACGCUGACGCCGGCCUCUUCUGCCACGGCCUCGUCCACGGCCACAGCCAGCCUGCAGCUGCAGCAGCAGCCGGACGCCGCUUCGUUCCUUCUGCAGCACGUGACGCAGCAGCCGCAGCGUGUUCAGCGGUCGGUGGCCUCGGAUUCCAUGCCUUCUCUGCCCAGACAGGCCUGUUGCCAGCUGUUUUCGUGGACUUCUGCAGCUGGCUUGGGGGAGUGCCAGCUUCAGCACUGGAGCCCUUAUCCUAGCAGGAAAGAGCCUCAGCCCGGAGCCGUGUCACCGUCUAACAUUGUGAGCCUUUUUGGUUUCUUUUGUGUUCAGUGGGGAACAUGUGUAGCCUGACUGUUGCUUCGGAGCCAGACCAGCUGGCUCACAGAGAGAAGCCUUAAUGAUUAGGGUCGUGAGAAUCACACCCGACUGAUUCCCUAGGUGGGGCUGGAGAAAGUGUCCGGGAGAAAGCGCAUGCAGCCAAGCUCCCCAGGUCAGGAGGGGCUCAGGUGAUCUCCACCGACAGAGGCAAGAGGCUGGGCUCCCCGAUGGGAUGCUCUUGCCGCCAGGAGCUGCCUUCCCGGCCAGCACUGGCCAGUGCCCAGGGGCUGAGUGUGCUACCUGGGACUUCACCUGCCUUUUCUUGUCUUAGUCCUCAGAGGUAGGGGCUGUUAUCAUUCUCUUUAAAGUUGAGAAGACUGAGACACAGAGAAGUCCCCAGAGUUGCCCACAGUCACACAGCAAGUCGGGGCCAGAGCAGGGAGUCCGGCUAGAGAGCCCACACUUGUAACCCCACGCACGGGGGCCUCCAGAGCCCUCUGUUCCUGCCUUGACCUCCUAACUGUUGCCUCUUCUACAAAGUGGGUGUGAUGGUAGGUUGUUUGAGGAUUAAAAGCGUCGAUUCAGCGCGUCAAAAGCACUCCAAACAGAGCCUGGCGCAAAACCUGCCAACGAAAGCCUGACUCCUCGUCCUAAGUCUCCAGAUCUGUUUCCUGGGGGCUAAGGUGGUUCUCAAACCUGGGGCUGUGUCAGGACAGAAUAUGAGCAGUGCUGUCUCCAGACCCCACGCCUGCCAGUGAGAUGGACGGCAGUGGCGGGGCUCACUAGCUUCGUGGGCUCUUCUUGUCCCAGGCCCUGCCCCGCCUAGCCCACCGCAGGCCCGCUGGGCGAGGGGAACGGGCCGCCUCGGCGCUUUCACGCUGGCUCCGCCCCGCUUCCCAGCACCCUGCUCCGUGCACGGCAUUCUUUUAGCCAAAAUGCACUGACGAAGCCUCCAAACGGGCACGUCAGCAGCUCCGCUGUUCCUUCCCAUGGCCUUUCUGCAUUCAGUUUAAGGCCUAAGAACCCAGCUCUGGUCACUUGGCCAGGAGAAGGUGGAAGAAAGGAAGAGGCGAGUGUUUGAGGCCCCCGUGGUGAGGAAGUACAUGCUUCUUGCUCCCAGCAGGGAGAACUUGCUGUGUUUUACUGAUGGCCAAGCUGAGCCUCGGGAAACACUCGUUACCCCCUGGACGGCGUUGACUAGCUCGUCGCACCUCCGUGGACGGUAGCGGUUACCAUGGAAGGACUGGGCAUUCAUCUUAAACCAGAAAUGCCAAGUCCAGCUGCCGCAAGGAGCUCAUUCUUAUGUUCAGACUAGCCUUUCUCAGCUUGGGGGAUUUCACUUUACCAGUUACGUGAGUGAUCCAAUUUCAGUGACCCGCUUGCUUGCCCUGAAGGUAAGAGGUAAAUGCCAUCUGGCAUCAGGGCAGCAGUUCAGCAUGGCAGGGGCGCUGGAGGCAGACAGACUGGGGUUCAAGUCCGGACACCAACUCUAAGUGGGCAUUGUGCCAGGAGCAGUGUCACUUAAGCCCCCUGAGCCUCAGCUGCACCUGGGGAAAGGGAUGGGCCCCACCGCGUAGGGCCUUGAAAGACAGGAGAUGCUGAACCGAUACCGCUCAGACCCCUGCCCGGCCAACACUCCGCACCCAGGCACGGCAGGCGUGGGCUCCCGGACUUGGAUCUGGAAGCCCUGGGGUCAGACGCGUUUCCAAAUUCAGAACUUUGGGGACUUUAGAAAAGUAAUAUGGUGCAUAUAGCAAAUAUGACACAACCCUCCGGUGGAAUCUGGGGCACAUUUUAUUAUUUUUGCAGAGAAAUAUGAAUAUUUAACGAAGCCCAGGUCAAGUUUUGUUCCCAAAUAAAUUUUGGCACCGAAUUUACAGAACUAAAAUAGGUUUGCAGAGCUUUGGGGCUUGAAGUUACAGAUAAGGGAGGUGGACCUAGAAUUAUUAAGGAAGGGACUAUGGAGUUGUGACACCCAGCCCUGGUGUGGUGACUUCCAAGGCCCCCACAUCUCCUCACUGUAUUCCCCACCCUACUCCCAAGGCUGUGUGACUCCUCUCUGUUUUUAAUCGAAGCGAGGCAAAAUGAAUUUUGUUUCCAUAAUGGAAUGCCCCUUCUCGCUGAAAACCAUUGAGGAUACCGUAGGGUGUUGUGAACAUCACGGUUAGGACUUCAAUUGGACUUAUCAGCCACUGGCUGAGGAACUGACAUUUACUCAAAGACAGAAACAGUUCUGUCCAGGAGAUGAGACUUGUGCUCUGGAAGAGUCGGGGAAGCAAGAGGCAGCAAGGGCGCCCUGGGUGCACGUGCGAUUGCAGAGCUGGGAGUGUAGCAUGGCGGCGAGGAGGGAUGAGGAUGGUGGCCAGUUGGAAUAAGAACAAAAAAGCCUGAAAUCUGAUCCUUG